AUGGCUGAACUACGCUUCGAUAACCAGACGGUCGUCGUCACUGGCGCUGGCGGUGGUCUCGGCAAGGCAUAUGCUCUCUUCUUCGCCUCAAGGGGUGCCAACGUCGUUGUCAACGACCUCGGUGGCUCUCAUUCCGGCGAGGGCAAGUCAUCAAAAGCCGCAGAUGUCGUGGUUGAGGAGAUCCGUGCCGCUGGCGGUAAGGCUGUCGCCAACUACGACAGCGUGGAGAAUGGUGAUGCUAUCAUCGAGACCGCCAUUAAGAACUUUGGCCGCAUCGAUAUCCUCAUUAACAAUGCUGGUAUCCUUCGGGACAUCAGCUUCAAGAACAUGAAGGAUUCCGACUGGGAUCUCAUCAACCGCGUUCACACAUAUGGUGCCUACAAGUGUGCCCGCGCCGCUUGGCCUCACUUCCGCAAGCAAAAGUAUGGCCGUGUCAUCAACACUGCCUCGGCUGCCGGUCUUUUCGGCAGCUUCGGUCAGGCCAACUAUUCCGCCGCCAAGCUUGGCCAGGUCGGUUUCACCGAGACCCUCGCCAAGGAGGGUGCGAAAUACAACAUCAUCGCCAACGUCAUUGCUCCCAUCGCUGCUAGCCGUAUGACCGCCACCGUGAUGCCCCCAGAUGUUCUUGAGAACCUCAAGCCCGAAUGGGUGGUUCCUCUUGUCGCCGCCCUGGUCCACUCCUCCAACACCACUGAGAGCGGUAGCAUCUUUGAGGUCGGUGGCGGUCACGUCGCUAAGCUCCGCUGGGAGCGGGCCAAGGGUGCUCUCCUGAAGACUGACCACUCUCUGACCCCCGGCGCUAUUGCUGCCAAGUGGAACGACGUCAAUGACUUCUCAAAGCCAGACCACCCGACUGGUCCUGCCGACUUCAUGGGCUUGCUCGAGGAAGCUGUGAAGCUUCCCAGCGCGCCCCAGGCCCAGGAGCCUGACUUCAAGGGCCGUGUUGCCCUUAUCACUGGUGGUGGUGCUGGUCUUGGCCGCGCCUACUGCUUGCUGUUCGCCAAGUACGGUGCCAAGGUUGUGGUCAACGACCUGAUGGACCCUGAGCCCGUUGUUCAGGAGAUCAAGAAAAUGGGCGGAGAGGCCGUUGGCAACAAGGCUAACUGCGAGGAUGGUGAUGCUGUGAUCAAGUCUGCCAUUGACGCCUUUGGCCGCAUUGAUAUCCUUGUCAACAACGCAGGCAUUCUGCGUGACAAGGCUUUCACCAACAUGACUGAUGACCUGUGGAACUCCGUUGUCAAUGUUCACCUUCGUGGUACCUACAAGGUUACCAAGGCUGCCUGGCCCUACUUCCUCAAGCAGAAGUAUGGUCGUGUGGUCAACACCGCCUCGACCAGUGGUAUCUACGGUAACUUUGGCCAGGCCAACUACGCCGCUGCCAAGUUGGGUAUCCUCGGACUCUCUCGCACUCUCGCCAUGGAGGGCGCCAAGUACAACAUCAAGGUCAACACCAUUGCUCCCAAUGCUGGCACCAACAUGACCCGCACCAUCAUGCCCGAGGAGAUGGUCCAGGCCUUCAAGCCUGACUAUGUUGCUCCCCUGGUUGUUCUCCUUUGUUCUGACGCCACUCCCGAGCCCUCUACAAAGGGUCUCUUUGAGUGCGGCAGCGGUUGGUUCGGCCGCACUCGUUGGCAGCGCUCCGGCGGCCACGGCUUCCCCGUGGACGUCAAGCUGACUCCUGAGGCUGUUGUCUCCAAGUGGAAGCAGAUCACCAACUUCGAUGAUGGCCGCGCUGACCAUCCCGAGGACGGUCAAGCUGGCACUGAGCGCAUUAUGGCUAACAUGUCCAACCGUGCUGGUGGCAGUGGCGAGAACGAGACCCUUGCCAACAUCGAGAAAGCCAAGUCCACCACCGCCGAGGGCACUGCGUUUGACUACACCGACCGUGACAUUAUUCUGUACAAUCUCAGCUUGGGUGCCAAGCGCACAGACUUGCCUCUGGUGUAUGAGAACAACGAGCACUUCCAGGCUCUCCCUUCAUUCGGUGUCGUUCCGUGGUUCAACACCAACACUCCCUGGAACAUGGAUGACAUUGUCAAGAACUUCUCGCCCAUGAUGCUGCUCCACGGCGAACAGUACAUGGAGGUCCGCAAGUUCCCCAUCCCCACGUCAGCCAACACUCUCACCUACCCCAAGCUCAUUGAUGUCAUCGACAAGGGCAAUGCUGCUAUUGUCGUCGCGGGCUUCACCACCAAGGAUGCCAAGACCGGCGAGGAUCUGUUCUAUAACGAGUCCACAGUGUUUGUCCGUGGCAGCGGUGGCUUCGGUGGGUCCUCCAAGCCCACUGUUGCCCGUGCCAAGGGCGCCACCGCCGCUUACAAGCCUCCUAAGCGUGCUGCCGAUGUCAUCGUCGAGGAAAAGACGUCCGAGGAUCAGGCUGCUCUCUACCGCCUGAACGGCGACCGCAACCCCCUGCACAUUGACCCCGAGUUCAGCAAGGUUGGUGGCUUCAAGACCCCCAUUCUUCACGGCCUGUGCUCGCUUGGUGUCUCCGCCAAGCACGUCUUCACCAAAUUCGGUGCCUUCAAGAACCUGAAGGUCCGAUUCGCCGGCGUCGUUCUUCCCGGCCAGACUCUCAAGACUGAGAUGUGGAAGGAGGGCAAUACUGUUCUCUUCCAAACUACUGUCGUUGAGACUGGCAAGCCUGCCAUCACUGGCGCCGGUGCCGAGCUACUCGACGGCGCGAAGGCCAAGCUGUAA